GCAAAUGCGAUGACAGUGGCAGCAGGGGAAGCCUGGCUGUGCAGCCACCUCCUCCUCUCCCCUGCUCAGCCUCCCCAGCUCUGGUACUGGGAGGUUACCAGGAGUGCGGCCUGCAAAGGGAUUUUGGUAGGCACAGAGCCUUCAGAGCUCAAAGCUCGUGCCCAUCUGCCUUUGGGACAGGAACAGUAAUAUCCCAGAUCCUUACUGACCCUUCCCUUCAGGUGUCUUUGGAGUCUGGCAGGUGGCCAGAGUGGGCAGGACCAUUCCCUCAUGAGGCCCCAACACAAGUUUGAACAAAACCUCUCUUCUCUGAGUCUGAACGAGGGGCUGGCAGGAGCAGGGGGAGGAGCAGCAGCAGGGCAGCGCGGAGCCCUCGGUGACGGGAAGGGCCCAGGAGAAGUUUCCAUCUCCAGCUGGAGUGAGUGACGGCAGCUCCCCCAGCCAGGAUCCCACGGGCACCCUGAGCACGAGGUACAGCACUGCUGGGGCACUGCGAGACAGGAAAUAAAUCACAAGAUAGUGGGAUUGCAGAGAUGGAGGAGCUUCCAGUCCCACACAACAUCAAAAUAAGUAACAUCACGUGUGACUCCUUCAAGAUUUCUUGGGACAUGGAUUCUAAAUCCAAGGAUCGCAUUACUCAUUACUUCAUCGAUCUCAACAAGAAAGAAAACAAGAAUUCCAACAAAUUCAAACACAAGGACGUGCCCACCAAGCUGGUGGCCAAGGCCGUUCCGCUGCCCAUGACGGUGCGCGGGCACUGGUUCCUGAGCCCCAGGACGGAGUACACGGUGGCGGUGCAGACGGCCUCCAAGCAGGUCGAUGGCGACUAUGUCGUGUCCGAGUGGAGCGAAAUCAUCGAGUUCUGCACCGCAGAUUAUUCAAAAGUUCACCUAACACAGCUAUUGGAAAAAGCUGAAGUGAUUGCAGGCCGUAUGCUUAAACUGUCUGUUUUUUAUCGGAAUCAGCACAAAGAAUACUUUGAUUAUAUCAGAGAGCAUCAUGGGAAUGCUAUGCAGCCCUCUGUUAAGGAUAACAGUGGCAGCCAUGGCUCUCCGAUCAGUGGGAAGCUGGAAGGCAUCUUCUUUAGCUGCAACACUGAGUUUAACACCGGCAAGCCACCCCAAGAUUCACCCUAUGGAAGAUACAGGUAUGAGAUUGCAGCUGAAAAACUCUUCAACCCAAAUACUAACUUGUACUUUGGAGACUUCUACUGCAUGUACACAGCCUACCACUACGUCAUCCUCGUGAUCGCCCCGGUGGGGUCACCGGGAGAUGAGUUCUGUAAGCAGCGCCUUCCCCAGCUGAACAUAAAAGAUAACAAAUUUCUGACCUGCGACGAAGAAGACGGGGUCAUGGUUUACCAUCAUGCCCAGGAUGUUAUUUUGGAAGUAAUUUACACUGAUCCUGUGGAUCUCUCCCUUGGCACAGUUGCUGAAAUUACUGGUCACCAACUAAUGAGCUUGUCUACUGCAAAUGCAAAGAAAGAUCCCAGCUGCAAGACCUGCAAUAUCAGUGUUGGACGUUAAAACUGCCCUCGUUCCUUAGGAGCCUUCAAGCCUCUGUUCCCAUUUCCAUAGUCAGACAGUUCUGUCGGAAGCAUGCACAUGCCGCUGUCACCAAAAGCAACUACCGGUCUUCAAAACCUCCAAUAGCCUUCUUAGGAUCUCUUCUCUCCCUCUUUCCCUUCUGUUCCCCCGAUGCUUUAAAUGAUUAGAAGUCCUGGAUUUCUUUCUGGCAACCAUUUAUACCUAGAUGCUGCAAAAAUCGUUUCUGUUUCUUGCCAAACAUAACAAAGUCCUAUAUAAACUGCUUUAGCAAAAUAAAAAUAACGGCUUAUAAAUGGUGUUUAAAUAUGCAUUCAUUUUAACUACUGAACAAGUACUGGGAUAACUGAACAGCAUGAAAGGUUGUAAUUGCAGCAUGAUUUGAAUUUCAGAGCCUAGAAAUGUCAGCACUUCCAACGUGUUGUUUGACAGUGUUAUUUAUGUUAUUUAUAUUAGCUAACUGAAAACAGAAACUGUGUCUCGACAUAAUAAAUAUAAUAGAAAAAUAUUUUAUUUGUACUGUUGUAUAAAAUAUUAUACAAUCAUAUAGAAUAUAUAGAUUACAUUUUAAUAUCAAUUGUAUACAUGUCAUUAAAUCAUUUUCCCUUAUCAAAGAUGUAGUUUGUAAACUUCAAAUAGCUCUGUAUCUGUUCCUGUUGCUCUAGAUGACUUUAAUUAAAACAGAUUUAUGAAGACCA